AUGGAUAUUUUGGCGAAGAAUCAGCAACUGCACCAGCAGCGAUAUAUCUUGUGUCGAGAGCGACACCACGGAGCAGAACGGCAUGUGCGGCUCGCAUACUGCACCUACGACCGGACAAAGGAAGGCUUGGAACCAGGCCCAGAAAUAGAUCGGUUUGGUCUGUGGUGGCUGCCUGGCGCCGGCCAGUCUCGUGCUCCGACGUGCCUCAAGGUUGACUGUCAGUGGCGAAUUGUGUUGGGAGUUUGCUUCACCACCUUGCACGUCAUGCCUACUACCACAGCAGUCGCGCUACGAUACAUGCUAGAGGGCACUAUUAUUAGAGUGCAUGCUAGGCAGGAGCCGGACGCAUGCGAGGCUGGUUGUCUGGAGUAUCUAGGCAGAGACUAUUUCGAACGAGAUGACGGAGGCGGUCGUCAAUAUGGGCGACGAGCUGUUGACCAAAUCGUGCCAGAGGAUGAGCACAAGGCAGCUGGCAACAGACGCCUGACUCCUUUCUUCCUCUUUGCCUCCAAUGUCAUGGCCGUCUCCGCCGUCCUCGGCGUCGACCUCGGCACAGAGUACAUCAAGGCUGCCCUUGUCAAACCUGGCAUGCCCCUCGAUAUUGUCUUAACCAAGGACUCACGCCGCAAGGAGACGUCCGCCGUCGCCUUCAAGCCUGCCCCCGGCGGCGCCCAGUCUGGCCAGUUCCCCGAGCGCGCCUACGGCGCCGACGCCGUUGCCCUCUCCGCUCGCUUCCCCGGUGAAGUCUACCCGAACCUCAAGACCCUCCUCGGCCUUCCCGCGAGCGACGCCGUCGUCGCCGACUACGCCGCGCGCCACCCAGCCCUGCAGCUGCAGGCGCACGCCACCCGCGGCACACCCUCCCUCAAGACCAAGACGCUGACCGCCGACGAGGAGGCGUGGAUGGUCGAGGAGCUGCUCGCCAUGCAGCUCCAGAGCAUCCAGAAGAACGCGGAGGCGCUCGCCGGCGAGGGCUCGUCGGUCCGCUCCAUCGUCAUGACAGUCCCGCCCUUUUAUACGACCGAGGAGCGCCGCGCCCUCCAGCUCGCCGCCGAAAUGGCCAGCCUGAAGGUCCUCGGCAUCAUGAGCGACGGCCUGGCGGUCGGUCUCAACUACGCCACCGGUCGUCAGUUUCCAAACAUCAACGAGGGUGCCAAGCCUGAGUACCACAUCGUCUUCGACAUGGGCGCCGGUUCCACCACCGCCACCGUCCUCAGGUUUCAGAGCCGUAAUGUCAAGGAUGUUGGCAAGUACAACAAGACCGUCCAGGAGGUUCAGUCUCUUGGCGCUGGAUGGGACCGCACUCUUGGUGGUGAUGCGCUCAACUACCUCAUCACGGACAACAUGAUCUCGCAAUUUCUCGAGUCUAAGUCGGCCCAGAAAGUCUCUGCCACCUCGGAGGGUGUUCGCGCUCAUGGACGUGCAAUGGCUAAGCUCAUUAAGGAAGCUGAGCGUGUUCGUCAUGUUCUUAGCGCCAACCAGAAUACCGGCGCCAGUUUUGAGGGUCUAUAUGAGGAUGUUGACUUCAAGUUCAAGCUGACUCGUGCCGAUUUCGAGAACAUGGCUCAAGAUUUCCCCGAGCGAGUUGCCACUGUUGUCAACGACGCUCUCAAGAUGGCUGGACUUGACAUUGUCGACCUCGACUCUAUCAUUCUUCAUGGUGGUGCUACGAGAACCCCGUUCGUCCAGAAGGCCCUUGAGAAGCUUGUCGGCUCCGCUGAUAAGCUUCGCUCCAACGUCAACUCUGACGAGGCUGCUGUGUUUGGUGCUGGCUUCCGUGGCGCCGAGCUAUCUCCCAGUUUCCGCGUCAAAGAGAUUCGAAUUUCGGAGGGCUCCAACUACGAUGCCGGCAUCAAGUACACCAACGCCAAGGGCAAGGAGCAGCGCCAGCGUCUCUGGACUUCCACCUCUCCUCUUGGUGGCGCUCCCAAGGCGCUUACGUUCCACGACUUCAAGGACUUCUCUGGCACCUUUUACCAGCAAGUGGGCGAUGACGACCAGACCGUUGCCACCUUUUCUACCAAGAACCUGACCGCCACAGCCGUUGCUCUCAAGGACAGGUACCCCUCCUGCGUCGACUCCGAAAUAGUAUUUAAACUUGCCCUCAAGCUGUCCAGCGAGAAUGGCGAAGUAGCCGUCGCCUCGGCUUACGUAGAAUGCGAAGCCGAAGUCAAAGAGACUCUGAUCGACGGUGUCAAAAAUCUGUUUGGAUUUGGCAAGAAGGACGCCUCCGAGGAUGGUGAGGAUGCCAAGGCGGACGCUACCAAGUCGGGCAAGAAGUCUACAAAAUCUAGCAAGCCCAAGAAGUCUUCCAAGUCGUCUGAGAGCGCUUCCUCUUCUACUGAGUCGGCUUCUGCCUCUACCGGUACCAAUGACUCCAAGUCGACUGAGGCGGCUGCGGCGCCCAAGGAAGAUGUCAAGAAGAAGGAGCUGGUCAGCAUUCCCGUCCAAGUUGUUAUUGAGAAGGCUGGCCUCCCCCAGCUCACUCAGGAAGAGCUUACUACUUCCAAGGAUCGACUCAAGGCCUUUGCCGAUUCCGACAAGGCUAGACUUCAGCGGGAGGAGGCUCUGAACAAGCUCGAGGCUUUCACCUACAAGAUUCGUGACCUUCUCGAGAACGACGACUUUAUUGCCAAAUCGACUGAGAAGGAGCGCACUACGCUCUCUGAAAAGGCUAGCGAGGCCAGCGACUGGCUUUACGAGGAUGGCACCACUGCCACGAAGGACGAGUUCAAGGCCAAGCUCAAGUCGCUCCAGGACCUUGCCAACCCAGUUCAGAAGCGUGUACAAGAGUCCACCGCCCGACCGAAAGCUGUCAAGCAGCUCAAGGAUCUCCUGAGCCAGACUGAUAACUUCCUCGCGGGCAUCUACCAGCAAAUCGACGAACACGAGCAGUAUCUUGCCAGCGCUUCUGCGGCUUCUAGCUCCACCUCCACUGCGUCUGCCGCCGCCGAGUCAUCCACGGGUGAGUUUGACGGCCUUGAAGAUGAGGAUGCUACCACGACCAAGGAAGAGGUCGAGGAGGAAAAGCCCGCAGCGGCAACCCCGCCACCGUACAAGCGCGAGGACCUCAGCGAGGUUGAGAAGCUCAACACCGAGACUAAGGCGUGGCUGAAAGACAUGGAGGCCAAGCAAGACAAGCUCGGUGCUGCUGAAGACCCCGUUCUAGUGAGCAGCGACAUUGCUGCGAAGGAGGAUAAGCUUAGCAAGAUCAGCAUGGAGGUCGCCAUGAAGGGCUUUCGCUAUUUCAAUGGCAGCGGCAAAAAGCCCAAGGCCAAGAAGCCUUCCAAGUCUAAGGGCAAGGGCAAGGGCAAGAAGUUUGACGUCAAUGACAUGGAUGCUGAGAUGUUUGCCGAAGGCAUCGACCAAAAGGAGCUUGACCGGAUUCUCGCUGAUAUUCGCAAGCGCCAUGCUGAUGAGGAGACAAAGAAGGAAGAUGGCAGCAAGGAGGAGGCCAAGACGAAAGGACACGACGAACUAUAA